AUGGGAUAUGGGGAAUACAAGAAAUAUCUGUGGUGGGCAGCUUGUAGUACCUAUGAAGAGGACUUCCAAGAUCAGUUGAAGAGUAUGAGCCAAGUGGAAGAUGAUGGAAAAACUACUGUUGAAGAUCUGUUAAAGUAUCCACCUACCUGCUGGAGUAGGGCCUUCUUUGAUACUACCUGCAAGAACCAGUCAGUGGAUAAUAACCUGACUGAGUCCUUCAAUGCAUGGAUAUUGCAAGCUAGACACAAGUUAAUUAUAAAGAUGCUAGAAGAGAUCAGAAUCAAGGUUAUGAAUAUGUUGAAUGGUAAUGAAGCUGAAUUGAUUGGGUGGGGAAGUGAGUACAGUCCUAAGACUCUAAAUCUGUAUAACCAGUUCAUGAGGAUUGCACAAAAGUGUCAUGUGAAUGGCAGUGCUGACCAAGGUUAUGAGGUGACAGAAGGUAGUGAUAGGAAUAUUGUCAAUCUGGGGACAAAAAAAUGCACUUGCAGGACAUGGAACCUUUGUGGAAUCCUAUGUCCUCAUGCAAUUUGUGCCCUACUGUACAAGAAAGUUAAUCCUUUGAGUGAGAUUCACUGGUUUCUUUCAAAAAAGGCAUAUCUCCAGACUUAUUCUCAUAAGUUGCAACCUGUGAGAGGAGAAAAGUUCUGGAAGAUAGAGCCCUCCCAGAAUAUGGAUCCACCUGAAUUUGUAAGACAAGCUGGCAGAUCAAAAGUAAAAAGAAUAAGAGAGGCAAAUGAGUCAACCAAUAGGCAAGGGCAAUGGUCUCAAUCCAGAAAAGGGAGAGUCAUGACAUGUAAUAAUUGUGGAGAAGCUGGACAUAAUGUUAGGGGUUGUGCCAAGCACUCUAAAGGGAAACAACCAAUGGGUGGCAAUUCAAGGAGAAAGCAGAACAAAAAGCAAAGAACUUUGGUUGAUGAACCUGAUGCUGAACAACCUACAUCACCAGCUGUUGCAGAUAUCCCAACUGAAGAUGACUUCCAUUUAUUAGCACCCUAA